UCAAGUGCCCUCUCCAGCCCGCAUCAGCCACUCUGGGCUUGGGGUCUAGACAGCUAGUGAGCGGGACCCCUGCACAGACUUCCCGGGGGUUGGGGGGGUCCCAGAGAGGUCCAAGCUCAGACCGGAGCUGCCUCUCUCUCUCCCUCUAACUCUCCAGUCUCUAUUUCUCUCUGUCUCUGUGUUACACACACACACACACACACACACACACGCACACACACACAUACACACACACACCCAUGGGGAGCUGCCCCGUCCCAGGGUUCCCGAGAACCACGUCAGCUGGGUACCGGCUGCCCUUGACCAGACUGUCAGCCUUGGACUCCUCCACGGCCCGGGGUGGCCCUGCGGUGGGCAGGGGUCUCGCUGGCAGUCGCCAAGCCCCCCAGGCCGCAGAAGCAGAGCGGUUGGGCCUGGGGACAAACGGUGUGAGGCAGGAUCAGCUGUGGAGGGAGCUCGUGGAGGCCGAGAGGAGGGGCCAACAGCGCUGGGCUCAGCACUGGAGUUUCCUGAAAGACUAUGACCCCUUGGGCAACAGGAAGGAGCCUGUGCAGCUGCCGGAGCAUGUGUCUCUCUUUUCCGACACAGUCCCCAACUCCGCCAGCCAGGUGGUGGGCAGCAGGGUGAGCACGCCCCUGGGGCAAACCCUCAUCCGGAUGGACUUCUUCUGUGUGGGCGGAGUCCGGAAGAAGAAGCUGGAAGCCGAGCUGCAGCCCGUGUAGGGGGAGGAGCGCCGGAGCUCAGAAAUCCAGACUGGGUCUCGCGAGAUGGAAAUCAAGGUGUGCAAGGCCUGUGUUUCUUUCCGGAGGCUAGAGGCAUCUGGUUCCCCGCCGUUUCCAGCUUCUAGAGGGAGGCUGCCCACAUUCCUUGGCCGGUGGUUUCCUCAUCUCCAAAAGCAGAAUGGUAGCAUCUCCAGUCUCCAAACCCCUCUCUCUCUCUCUGCCUCCCUCUCUCCAUCUUUUAGGAUAUCUAAGAUAAUCUCUCCAUCUCACAGUUCUUAAUUUAAUCAUGUUGACAAAAUCCCUUUUGCAUGUAAAGGAACAUAUUCAGAAGCCCUGGGGUUGGGGCGUGGACGACUUUGGCGGCCGCUUUCUGUCUACCACAUA